AUGUUGAAGGUCACCUCCAUCGUCCGCGCCUACGACGGUUUGUCGUUGGUCACCCCCGCUGUUGCCAGUCUGUCUGAUCUGGACAUACUGCGUAACUUUAUCCGCGAAAGCCUCCCAAUGGGUACCCCGUUUGAGGUUGCGCUCCCAUCAUCAACAUCUUUUAUAAAGAUACUCGAUGUUCCCUACUUCGAUCCGAAAGGGCUGAAGAUCACCCAGGAGGCACUUGAAAAGGCUCUCCGUACCUCGGUUCAUGCUGAGGUUUUCGCAUAUCUGAGCACCAAGCCUCGGAUCGACCGCAACUCGGCGCACUCGACAUCGUGCACCGUGUACUGCAACAUCUGGGACUCCCAGCAGGGAACCCGCGCCAAGAAGGCCCUCGGCCAACCGAUCUUCCUCACUGGACGGUCCUGCGCAAUCAGGCCGGCCGCACGACACACCAGGGUCCCGCUAUGCCAGCGCUGCUGGAAGUGGGGCCACCCCACCGUCACCUGCAAGGCGAAACAACUCUCUUGCCCCAUCUGCUCAGGCCCACACGAGCAGAAGGAGCACCGUCAACAUGCGGGAUGUUGCAAGGGCAACGCGAAAGCGAAGCCUCCUGUGCUGCCCACCCCUCACGACCAGCCCUGCCUCCAUAAGGGCUGCUGUGUCAACUGCCACAAGGACCACGCCGCCAACUCGGCUUCGUGCAAGUUCUGGGCUCAUCGCUACGACCGUGAGUGGAUCAUGGCCGAGUAUCGUCAGACUAAUGUUGGGAAACCUUCAGGAUCUAAGUAUAUGGAGGGCGAUGAGGUUAUCGGCGCACCAAAGCAUCCCGACUGGCUGCAAAUGGUGCGCAUUAAGGAAGGGGAGGUUCCCCGCGUGAUCGCCUACGUUUCGACUAGGUUAUCCCGCUAUCGUCCUGCUAUGCGUCGCGACAUCGUCGACCAUUGCAACAUCCUCGUCCUCUCCCUCUUCAGCGGGGGUGAGGUUCUUAAUCUAAUGAACGUCUACUCUGACGAUCAACACACAGCCAUUGAGCACCUUGCUGCUCGUGUGCAUUCUCUUCCGCCUUUCAUUUAUAUGGCUGGUGACUUCAACUGCGAUACCGCAUCUCAGAUCGGCCUCGAGUGGGCACGACCUUCUAACCAUGGACCAACGCGGAUCAGUCCUAAUCCAAACCAGAGAUCCAACGUGUUGGAUCUUGUAUUCUUAGCUCCAUCUGAGAUUCUAAUCUCGAUGCCCAGAUUGGAGCACGAUCUCCAGGCCCCGGCAACCAAGGAAGGUGUUGAAGCUUUAGCUGAUGCUAUCGCGACAGCGUUCUCGGACGCAUGGCUUGCCCAUUCGACUGAGUCCAAACCUACCAAGCACUCCAAGUCCUGUUCGCUCGCUGACUACAACAAGUUUAAGAAGGCGUGCAGAGACGCCAAGCACGAGCUACCCGAUGAGCCGGUCCGCGAGUGGGCUGACUUCUCGGAGCAUGAGUUGUUGAGUGCCCUCAAGGGGUGCUCCAACUCCUCUGCACCAGGACCGGACCACGUUACAUGGGUCCACCUAAAAGAGUUGCUCAAGGACAAACACGUCCUUGCGCUCUUCAUCGUGUUGGCUAAUGCAUGCCUUAGGGUGGGUCAUUGGCCUCGUAUAUUCAAGGAGUCGCUAUCGGUUAUCGUUCCGAAACCGAAUAAGCCCUCUUACGCCGUUCCGAAGGCCUUCAGGCCGAUCUUUGACGCCGUCAAGCAUGAUAUCUUCCAUCCCAACCAACUUGGCAGCAUCCGCCAGAGGUCAACCAAGGAUGCUGGAUUGAUUCUGACUCAUCUCGUGCGAGCGGGGUGGGUUAAGGGUCUCCAGACUAGCGUGCUGGCUUUUGACAUCGCGCAGUUUUUCCCUUCUAUCAACCAUGAGAUGUUCAUGGCCGUACUUCGCAAGCAAGGGUUCUCGCCGGUUCUGGUGGAGUUCUUUGCCUCUUAUCUCGUUGGUCGUUCCACAGUUUAUUGUUGGAACACCUUCCAAUCCGACUCGCGGUCUGCGGAUGUGGGUGUCGGGCAGGGCUCUGCUCUCUCGCCUGUUAUCUCUGGGCUGUUCAUUGCUCCGGUAAUGAAGCUCUUCUACAUCAAAGCGGCGCCACUUAACAUGACGCUGCUCUCCUUUGUGGAUGAUGGGACCAUUCUGGCCCAAUCCAAACAACUGGAUGAUAAUAAUGUGGGCCUGUGUAAGGCCUACAAAAUUAUCUACCUUCUCUUUGUUGCUUUCGCACUCGUUCUUGAACACGACAAGACCGAGUUGUUUCACUUUUCGCGUCGACGAGAUGCCUACAAUCCCUCGCUGGAUUUGGGGUAUUUGGGCUUCUACUUUGACCGCGGGCUCACGUUUCAGGAGCACGUUCGCUACUAUGCCACCAAGGCGUUUACCACCGUGCAGGCCAUGCGCAUGCUCGGGAACUCUACUAGAGGUCUCUCGCCUAAACAGCGCCGCCUCUUAUAUCGGUCGUGUGUGGUUCCCAUUGCCACAUACGGCUAUCGUCUCUGGUAUCUCAAUGGCGCCCGUAAUAAGGGCGCGAUGAACCAGUUGAAACGGAUGCAGCGAAAAGCUGCUCUAUGGAUCACAGGUGCAUUCCGCACCUCUCCCACAGGCGGUCUUGAAGCCCUAGCAGGUCUCAUACCUGUCCACCUUAUGCUGAAGAAGCUGGCAACGCCUAUGCGAGGGAAAGUCAAGAGCACUGUCAUGGAGGUGGACGAGCGUGUCCACACCUUAACUGAGAGCUUCGAACCUUUUGCACCCAAAGCUCGCCCAGGUGAUCGGUUACUGGACCGCUAUGCGGACCAUCUCCACUUUGACGAGCGUGACCCUGGUCAGGAUAGGCGCCCAUAUCUAGACGAGCUCAUCGUGAGAGCGAGGGCUGACCCACUAACAGUGCUGGCUGCGACCAACGGCUCUGUCCCUCAGUCCAACCAGUAUCAGGCGGCUUCGGCUGCCAUCAUCUACAAGGGACAUCGCGAGCUCGAGAGGACUCGCUAUGUCUCUGGCAGAGUCACCGCCCCAGAUGCGGAACUCAAUGCCAUCUCGUGCGCAGUGCGCCUUGCUGUCAAGCAGGCAAACUGCCAACAUAUUAUGGUCUUUACUGACUCUAUGGGCUCAGCCCAUAGAGCGGUUGACCCCGGCGUGCAUUCUGGUCAGGCUUUCAGCCUGUCAGUUUGUCGCGUUCUUCAAGAGUGGUUUGAGGCAGACGAUCUCCGCCACAUUACCUUUGUUUACGUCCCAUCCGCCCUGCGGUGGGAUAUCCAUGGUGAAGCACACAAGUACGUCACCGAGCUCAAAGUCAGGGUUGGACGUCGCAAGACGGAUAACUCUAUAGACAUGCUUCGCUCCUGA